GACCUCUUCUGGCGGCGGCCACUCGGCGUCGCGCGCAUGCCCGGGAGGGGCGGACCGCUCUUCCUGCGAGGCGGCGGCACCGACGCCGCUGCUGGGCCCAAGAUGGACCUCCCAGCCCUGCUCGCCGCCCCGGCCGCGCGCGGAGGCCAACAUGGCGGCGGCGGCCCCGGUCGGCUACGCCGCGGCCCGGGGCCGCCCCUGAGCGCGGGCCCGGGCCGCCGCCGCCUGCUGCUGCUGCGGGGCCCGGAAGAUGGCGGGCCCGAGCCGCGGCGUGAGGAGGCCCCGGGGCCCAGCCCGCCGCCCCCCGAGGACGGCGGCGACGCCUUCGUGGUGCUGCUGGAGGUGGCGCGCGGCGCCGCCGCCGAGGCCCCGGGAAGGCGGGAAGCCGAGCCCAGCCCGGGCGCGAGCCCCGCCGGCCGCCCCGAGCCGCCGGGCCCUGGCGCCGGCCCGGCCGCCGCUCCCGGCGCGGCCCUCGCCGGCGCCGUCGCCCUCGACCGCCGGGACCUGCUCGUGCGUCUCGAUCGCGGCGUCUUCACGCUGGCGCCGCCGCCGCCCGCGCCGGGACCGCCCGCGCCGCGCCCGCCCGCGCCCCCGGGCCCCGCCGCCGCCGGCCGCCGCGCGCCCACGGGCUACCGCUGCCCCGAGCCGCAGUGCGCGCUGGCCUUCGCCAAGAAGCAGCAGCUGCAGGUGCACCUGCUGACGCACGGCGGCCCCCAGGCGCGCCGGCCCUUCAAGUGCCCGCUGGACGGCUGCGGCUGGGCCUUCACCACCUCCUACAAGCUCAAGCGACACCUGCAAUCGCACGACAAGCUGCGCCCGUUCGGCUGCCCCGUGGGCGGCUGCGGCAAGAAGUUCACCACCGUGUACAACCUCAAGGCGCACAUGCGCGGCCACGAGCAGGAGAGCCUCUUCAAGUGCGAGGUGUGCGCCGAGCGCUUCCCCACGCACGCCAAGCUCAGCUCGCACCAGCGCAGCCACUUCGAGCCCGAGCGGCCCUACAAGUGCGACUUUCCCGGCUGCGAGAAGACCUUCAUCACCGUGAGCGCCCUCUUCUCCCACAGCCGCGCGCACUUCAGGGAGCAGGAGCUCUUCCCCUGCUCCUUCCCCGGGUGCAGCAAGCAGUACGACAAGGCCUGCCGCCUCAAGAUCCACCUGAGAAGCCACACAGGUGAAAGGCCAUUUAUAUGUGACUCGGACAGUUGCGGCUGGACCUUCACCAGUAUGUCCAAACUCCUGAGGCAUAAAAGGAAACACGACGAUGACCGGAGGUUCACCUGCCCCGUGGAAGGCUGCGGCAAGUCCUUCACCCGCGCAGAGCACCUGAAAGGGCACAGCAUCACCCACCUGGGCACCAAGCCCUUCGAGUGCCCCGUGGAAGGGUGCUGUGCCAGGUUCUCCGCUCGCAGCAGUCUCUACAUUCACUCCAAGAAGCACCUCCAGGACGUGGGUGCUCCCAAAAGCCGCUGCCCGGUGUCCAGCUGCAACAGACUCUUCACCUCCAAGCACAGCAUGAAGGCGCACGUGGUGCGGCAGCACAGCCGGCGCCAAGACCUGGUCCCUCCCCUGGAGGCGCCAAGUUCGCUCACCCCCAGCAGCGAGCUGAGUGGCCCCGGGCAGAGCGAGCUCAGCAGCCUGGACCUGGCCGCCCUCUUCUCGGAGCCACCUGCCAGCGGAGGUGCCGCAGCCGCGGGGUCGGAGGAGGCCCUGAGUUCUGGAAUCCUCACCAUCGACGUCACCUCCGUGAGCUCGUCCCUGGGAGGGACCCUGCCAGCCAACAGCAGCUCCUUGGGGCCCAUGGAUCCCCUGGUCCUGGUGGCCCACAGUGACCUUCCUCCAAGUCUGGAGAGCCCCCUCAUCCUGGGGACAGCGGCCACAGUGCUCCCGCCAGGCAGCUUCAGCGUGGAGGACGUGCACGCGGUGACCACGGGACCCGUGGGCUGCCUGGUGGCCCUGCCCGUGGGCCAGGACCCGGGGGCUUUGUCCUCCAGUGGCAACUUAGCAGCACACGCCACCACCGCGGCCUGCACCAGCGCCUCCGAGCCACCAGCCCCCGCCAAGGUGGAGAGGGACCCGCCUGUGGCCCCACAGCAGGCAGACCAUGUGCCACCCCCGCCCGCGUCCUGCAGCCCCCCAGAGCAGCACAGUGCCCGGGACACAGAGCCCGCUGCCGGCCCCGGCGGCCUCUACCUGCUGUGUGACGUUGGGCUCCCUCGUGUCCCUGAGUACAAAUGGUGUGUGGUGACUGGGCCCCAGGAAAGUGGGGGCUCAGCAAGAACUGAUUCCCGGGCCGUGCAGCUAGCCCAGAAAAAAAAGGAAGGAGCGGCCCGCCGUGCAGGAGUCCCCAAAUCCACUCAGAGGAAACUCAGAGAUGGCCAAUGUGGGCCUCCCUGCCUCCAGGGAGGCCAAAGCAGCUGUCCACGUGGGAGCCUCCCCGGGCCUCUCGGAGGUCCACCAGGGUCUGCUCUGACAGCCGGGCUCCAGUGCGUCCAGGUUCCGGUCCUGCAGCCCGUCUCCCUGCASCUCUGCAAGCUCUUACCUCGGUCAGGACUGGCGCACCAGGAUGAUCCCUCGGGUGAAGGAGCCCUGCCUCUGGCCCUCAGUCCCCAGCCCUCGGCCUUCCACCCCUGCUUCACCCUGGAUUUGCCUGUCUACGUCCUCCAGGAGGCCCCUACAGACCCCGGAGGCACUGCCAGGCCAGUGGCUGCACAGGCCCCAGGAAGCACCAUCAACCUCAGGGACCUGCAGUGACCCGCCCUCUGGAGCAAGUCCAGGCUGCGCUUCCCCAGGUGACACCGAUGACAUGGGACGGGGGCUCAGAGGCCCCGCYUGGUGUCCACCCAGAAGCCUCGCCUCGUUCUUCAGAGACUUUGGGUCCAUUUAUCAAAAACUUUUAUUUCCAUCAGGAACCAUCUGGGCCGAACUUUUUGACAUUGUCCUGACGGGGAGGUGCCUGGUGUGUGUGGCUGCCUGUCCCAGGUCCCAGUGGAUCUCAGUUUGUAAUCGUUGCAUCAAAAGGAAAAAAAAAAAAAAAAAAA